UUGGAAAACCUGAAUUUCAUCACGGAUUUGCAAUGUAAUCCAUUUCUACGCUAAGCCAUUACUACGCUUCGCUCUACAAUGAAUUUUGUGGUCGCACCGCCGCCUCCAUUCCUCGACGUACCGGGAACACCGCCUCUUCCAUGGACACGGUGGGUAGGCCUAUUUUCGAACUACAUGGCCGCAGCUGGCGCUGACGCCUUCUCCGCAGCACGUAAGAAGGCCAUAUUAGUUCACAACUUGGGAAUCGAAGGUCAAAGGCUCUUCACGCUACUACAAAAAUCAGCUGAGCUGAGACAGGUUGCUGCUACACCAAGUGGAGCGCAGGCCGUAGAAGGUGGGGACGCACCACCGCCAUCCGAAGAUGUUACAGUACCUUCGACGGAUAACGUAUAUGAUCAAGCACUUAGUAUCCUCGAGCAGCGAUUCGGCACGAAAGUGAACGUCAUGGUCGAACGUCACCACUUCAGAAGUCAGAGGCAGAGGCCUACAGAAUCCUACUUGGAGUACAUUUCGGAGCUACAUGGGCUUGCAGCAACAUGUGGAUUCGACCUGGCGGCCGACGAAGCUGUAAGAGACCAGUUCAUCGAGGGAACGUCAUCGCAUGCACUACGUGAACGCGAAGGGAUGAAGCUUACAUUGGGAAGAUUACAGUUCAUUGCAACCCAUUUCGAAGAAGGAGCGAAGGCAGCUCACCACUUAGCAAAUAGUAAGACGUGCAAGGCAACUGGGCAGAAGUGUUACAACUGCGGGAAAGUUGGGCAUUUCAAAUCAGUCUGCAGAAGCAAAUCCGUACCGAUCCAAGAAAUUGACAGCGAAGAAGUCGAAAGUAUACCGCAAGUUGAACAUACCAGCCAAGGCUCCAAAGGAAUUUUUGUUGAAGUUCCAGUAGAGCAGGAGACAUUGAAGUUCCUUCUGGACACAGGGUCAUCGGCAUCACUCAUGUCGUCUGACAUAUUUCGUUCUAAGUUCCGGGACAAAUUUCCUCUACAUAAUUCCAACGUGACCCUACGGAACUACUCAGAGAGUCCCAUACCAGUAAUAGGAUGCUUUGAGGCAGAUGUCGUGUACAAGAAUGUAUCUUCAAAGAUCAACUUUCACAUCGUACCCCAAGGGACAACGUUACUAGGCAUGGACGCCAUUAGCAAGCUAAAGCUUCGGUUGGACGGAGCAGAACUGAAAUGUUUUGCAGUUUCUACGUAUGCAACUGCACUACCGCCGAACCUCAGGAAUGAAUUUACAGACUUAUUCUCGGAAGAUAUUGGAAUGGCCAAAGCUUUCACUCACAAAAUGAAAAUACGUCCCGAGGUAAAGCCGGUUGCAGCAAAGCUAAGAAGAUUACCUCUCACUCUCCGUCAACAAGUCUCUGAGGAACUUCGACGCCUCCAGGAUAACGACAUCAUUGAGCCUGUUACAGCUUCAGAAUGGAUUUCACCGGUCGUGGUCGUCCGAAAGUCAAAUGGAAGCAUUAGGCUUUGUGUGGAUUUGCGUGAAGUCAACAAGGCAAUUAUCAUGGAUGUUUUUUGUCUACCACAUAUAGAAGAGAUGCUGAACUCUUUAUCUGAAGCCACAGUAUUUUCAAAGCUAGACUUGGCGUCGGCAUAUCAUCAACUUCAGUUGGACGAGCAAAGCAGGGAGAUUGCCACAUUCAUCACACAUGAAGGACUAUACCGUUUUAAACGGGUAUGCUUUGGACUGUCGUCAGCUCCAGCAGCGUUCCAACGAAUGAUGACCAAGGUUCUACGUGGCUGCAAUGGGGUAAUGGUAUACAUUGAUGACGUAAUCAUUUACGGACGAAACGAAGCGGAACAUGAAAGAAAUCUUCGUGAAGCACUACGGCGCAUUGCUAAUACAGGGCUCAAACUCAAUAACAAAUGCAUUUUCGCUCAGAAAGAAAUCACAUUUCUCGGGCACAAGGUCAGUGGUCGUGGGAUCAGUCCCCAAGAAAACAAGGUACAAGCCAUCUUGGACGCACCAGCACCAACAGAUGUAGCAGCAUUACGUUCCUUUUUAGGCAUGGCAGGGUAUUACUCACGAUUCAUACCACAUUAUGCUGACGUUGUAGAACUGCUUCGCAAGAUGCUUCGAAAAGAAGAACAGUUUGCCUGGCGCCACGAAGCUGAUAAUGCGUUUCGGGAACUAAAAACUCUGCUGUCCACAGAGAACAUCCUGCAACCUUUCGACCCUACCUUGGACGUCAUAGUGACAACGGAUGCAUCAUCCAUUGGAGUAGGAGCUGUGUUGCAACAGAAAAAGGACGGUAAAUUGCGAACCGUUGCUUUUGCAUCAAGAACUCUGGCCCCACAUGAAAAGAAGUACUCCGCAGGGUCUGGUCACCGCCCGCUACGUAUUUCACGGUGGUGUGCAAGAUUACUGGCAUAUGACUUCAAAGUUCAGUACUACAAAGGCACCGAAAAUGUUGUUGCGGAUGCAUUAUCUCGCCUUCCGAUGAACGACGAGACUCCUACACAGUUCGAGGAAGAAAUUGUAUCAGUUGUGAUAGGUCCCAUCAGUCGAGAAAUACUGCAGGAGAAGGUAACAGAGGACUCAACGCUUCAAAGAAUCAAGAAGUACGUCGCAGACGGUUGGCCGUCUAAGCAGUGCUUGGAAGAACAAGAUAUUCCGUACUUCCACGUAAGAGAAGGACUGUCCUGCAUUGAAGACAUACUUCUCCGGGAAGACCGAAUAGUCGUACCAACAGCACUUACCGAAGCGAUAGUACAAAAUGCUCAUGAGUCUCAUCCAGGCAUAGUGAAAACAAAACAAAGAUUACGAUACAUCUUUUGGUGGCCUCGCAUGGAUGCGCAAGUGGAACGUGUGGUACGCAGUUGUGGAAUCUGCCAAGCCGCGGAUAAAACUGCAAAACCGCGAACUCCACCGCUUACUCCCGUACCAUUUCCAAGUAUGCCGUGGGAGAAGCUUGCAAUAGACAUCACAGGGCCAUUCGAGAAGGCAUCACCAGAUUGCAGAUUUGCGGUAACACUCGUGGACUAUUACAGUAAGUGGCCAGAAGUAUUCUUCUCCGCUUCUGUCACGUCAGCCACUGUUAUCACCUUUCUACAGCAAGUGUUCAGCAGAGACGGAUAUCCACAAGAAAUAGUCUCUGAUAACGGGUCACAGUUCAAGUCAAGUGAAUUUGAGAACUUUCUGAAAGAGCGAGGAAUUAAACAUCUCUGCUCCUCUUUGUACUACCCGCAAGGGAACGGAUUAGUGGAACGGUUCAACCGCACGUUCAAGCUGUAUGUCCAACUGGCAUCUUUGGAACGGAGACCCCUGCGCACGGCUGUUACAGAGUACCUCGGCGUGUUCAGAACUAUUCCCCAUAGCACCACUGGUCAGUCUCCAGCGAAACUACUACAUGGAAGACAGCCACGUACGAGGCUAGACAUUGUGGGAAUUCGGACUCGUCAAGAUCCAACAGAAACAUUACAAGCGUUAAGAGAACACGUGGAGCAGAAACAACAGUAUAUGAAGAGGAUCACAGACGAAAGACGUCGAGCAAAAACCACUACUUUUCGUCCUGGUGACCUCGUACGCAUUCGAAUUAAGCCACGUUUCAAAGCAGAACCAACUUACUCGAAGCCGGUUAAGAUACUGAAAGAGUGCGGGAAGCACUCAUAUCUUCUCCAAGGCAACAAGGUGUGGAACGCCUCGAAGUUAAUCCUCGCCAGACAAGUUGACAGCUCUGAUAAGCACAUCCGCAAUGCAGACAAACCAACGGUAGGAGUGGACCUCCACAUGAGCUCCCUGUGGCAACAUCUGGACCCGUCAGAGAGCCAGCACAACGAACAACCGCAGGCAUCUGGCACAUCGGCAUCACGAACACAAGCACCUGAUCAGCAGCGACAUGCACCGCAGCGAGAAAAACGGAAGGCCCACGCCCAAUCCCACACACCAAGACAGUUACGGCGAUCUACCAGGAAGAAACUGCUUCGUCGCCGAUGCAUUUCUGCAGCCACCAGCUACGCACACCACCCGAUGACAUUCUACGCCGUUGACCGCAUCAUUGCUCGCACGAGUAGUCAUACUCAGGUUGGGGAUCGUGGGCAGAGCCGUAGCGACUGGUGUGCGAGAGGGGUAGCCGCCCCGGGCGCCCUCGGGGGCGUCGAACGGCAAGCCCUGGCAGGGCUUCUGACAGCAGUUGGAGAAGGGGGUGGGGCGCUUCAGAUUUACCCUGCCCUGGCCGCAAACUUGCCUCGCUACGGCUGUGAUCGUGGGGAAUUCCUCUUUGUGUCGUUUGCAGGGUGA